AUGUUCGGGUUCAAGAAGAUGUCGGUCGUGCUGCUCGGUGCUCCGCGCGGGGAGCACGAAGGGCACAAGCACGCGCCGGACGAGCCCUGUCCUCAUCAUAGCACGCUCGAGGCCGCCGGCGUUCCUGUUAGUCUUGCGGACUGCAGGAACUGCCCGAAUCCAUGCGAAGAGGACCACGAAGAGUACCCUAAACGAAUCGAGGCGAUGAUUGAUACGGAGAGCGAGAUGCUCGGGAGCGUCAAGCCAUAUCGGCGGCAGAUCGUCAUCUCGACUGGCAAGUCCGACUGGGCUCACAGCGUAGCAGACGUCGAGGACACGCUCGCAUACCACCUCGCCCAAGUCGAGACCGCCGCUCGCCCUGGCUUGCCGACUCCUGACACGUCGACACCCGGAACCCCUCAAAGCUCCAACUCUGAACUACGCGACCUCGACGCGCCUGUACCAGGCCCUGCCGCACUACGACGGACGGCGUCGACACUAUCUCGCCCGUUCACCCCCGCGUUGCCGUCUCCCGUCGUCGGCAUCUUCCGUGACAACGAGACUCACAAGGUCUCCGUACUCAAUGGCAGCCACCGAUCACUCAGCCAUGGAGAUGAAUGCGAUACUGUGCUUGUGUUCCCCGACUACAAGGUCGUGUGCGACGUACGCCGCGAGCCCUCUGGCGCACGCGAGCUCUGGUCACAGCAGGUUGACCCUGCCGUUCCACGCAUGGGUGCACUCGAGCCCUCCAGUACGCUGAGGAGCUGGGUCAUCCCAUACGCGUGUGUAAUCCUCAUCUGCUCGCACAGACGACGCGACGUGCGUUGCGCCGUCGUCGCUCCCAAGCUAGAGAACGCGUUCUCAAACGUGCUCGGACGCGAGGGCUGGGACGUGCACACCCAGAUGGAGGAGCUCGACCUCGAAGGCCCUCCGCUGGAAGAUGCCGUUGAGUGCGAGGGUGAUCGCGAGGCGGCGCUCUUGGCACAGAUGCGCGCGCUCGAAGCUCACGAGCCUAAGCGCGCGCUUAUUCUCAAGACCAGUCACAUAGGCGGACACAAGUACGCCGGCAACGUGAUUAUCUACAUGCCGUCUGGGGCUGGGGUGUGGUACGGGCGUGUAUCAACACACGAGGUCGAGUCAAUCGUUCAGACAACGAUUAUCGGCGGCCAUGUACUCCCACCACUGCUUCGCGGAGGCGUUAAUCUCGUACGGCCAGACUGCAAAAAGCUAAAUGAUUGGUAG